UUUGACAACUUCAAGUUCUGGCUUUUCACAAUUUGUAAGAAAAUCUUGAAUAGGAAAAUAUCUCUUUGAUUUAGCUUUUUAGGUAUAAUUAUUGUAAAGCAAUUUUAAACCAAUAGGUCUGUUAUAAUUGAAAUCUGUUAUAAUUUUUAAAUGAUAGUGAGAUGCUGGAAACUAAAAAUAGAUCGCCGUAGAUAGUUCACAACUCUUUCGUAUUGUUAUGGUAUAUCGGUAUUAAUAUCGAAUAAAAUAUGGGGAAACGAGAAGAUCCCCUGUGGAAACUAACCACCGCUCGAGAACGUGAUGGCAUAUCUAGGAAAUUCCAGAGCCGACUUACCGUCACCCGUAACUUAGUAGACAGACUUGGUCUAGAAAAAGAGCUCCAUGGGCAUAUGGGUUGUGUAAACUGCUUAGAAUGGAGCAAAGAUGGAUCUGUGCUGGCAUCGGCAUCCGAUGAUCUUCAUGUAAUACUGUGGGAUCCAUUUCGGUAUAAGCAACUACAUAAUAUUACAACUGGACAUACAGGAAACAUAUUUUCUGUAAAGUUUCUAUCACCGGAAAUAGUAGCAACAUGUGCUGCAGAUGCAUCCGUGAAAGCUCGCAAUAUUUAUGGUGGUACUUCGCUUUUAGAAUGUGCCUGCCACAGUGCCAGAGUUAAGAGGUUGGCAGUAGCCCCUGAUAAGCCACAUCUUUUGUGGUCUGCAGGAGAAGAUGGUUUGAUUUUACAACACGAUCUCCGUAUGCCUCACCGCUGCAACUCCGACUGCAGUAAUGUGCUAGUAAAUUUGCUUAACCACAUGGGUCGGUACGCGGAGGCCAAAUGUCUAGCUGUGAACCCGCGCCGGCCAUAUCAGUUAGCCGUCGGUGCUAAUGACUUUUACGUACGACUAUAUGACACUAGGAUGAUAAAACUUGGAAGGUUGCAGGACUUUCAAAUGAACGCGCCCAUGUCCCGCCUAAUGUGGGAGCGUCAGAACGUUCGAUGUUCGCGGGCGGGUCAGGGCGACCCGGAUAAUAAUAUACCGCGUGCCGCCGUGCAGUACUUUGCUCCCGGUCACUUGUCAAUGGAGCCGCAAGAGCAUACGUUUCCGAAGAAAGCGGCGACUUACAUCGCCUUCAGUCAUGACGGAAAUGAGCUUCUAGUCAAUUUAGGCUCAGAACAGGUAUACUUAUAUGAUAUAAAUUCUUCUCGGCGGCCUGUGCUUGUAGAGAGUUUUAUAAUUCAACACAAUCAUGGCUAUCGUGAGGGGGAGAAAGGGAAGAAUGGGACAAGUGAGGCUAAAAAUGGGACAGUGCCAAAAGAGGGUAGUAAUGGGACUGUGGACCAAAAUUUGCCGGAUAACGUUAGACAGAUGAAAGAAGCGGCAAAUGAUCUCGUGAACAAAAGUAACUACUCGGGCGCAGUGACCCUUUACAAUCUGGCGAUAGCCGAGUGUCCCGAUUGUGCCAUUCUGUAUUCAAAUAGGGCCGCUGCCCUCAUGCGAAGAGGAUGGACCGGCGACACAUACGCGGCCAUACGUGACUGUUACACAGCCAUAAAGUUAGACUCCAAUCACGUGAAAUCUCACUUCCGUCUCGCUAAAGGCUUGAUGGAUUUAAAAAGGGCACGCGAAGCUCACGAGUGCCUGCUUUAUUUCAAAGACAAGUUUCCUAAACACGCGACUAGUCAUGCGGUGUUCUUAUUACAAAAGGAUAUUGGUGAAGCUCUAGAGUCUAUGGAAACUCAGCCGGAUGAGGCUACUGAUGAAGAAGGCCAAGGAGGAAGUGCCUUAGAGCGUCAACUUCGCAGUUCUGCGUUGGACUAUUCCAGUCGCUUCUUGGGCCAUUGCAAUACGACCACAGACAUCAAAGAAGCCAAUUUCCUAGGACCCGAUGCCAACUAUCUCGCUGCUGGCUCUGAUGACGGCAGUAUGUUCGUAUGGUGUCGUCGUUCAGGCAAUAUCGUGCGAUGUCUUCGGGCUGAUGAGUCUAUUCUGAAUUGCGUGCAGCCUCAUCCCACACUGUUUCUUCUCGCAACUAGCGGAAUCGAAGCAGUUGUUCGGCUUUGGAGUCCGGCGCCUGAGGAUGGCAGCACCGAAAGUCGAUUAGUGGACGGCCCCACGGCGGCAGCGGUAAAUCAACAGCGAAUGCGCAGCGAUCCUUUUGAAGCCAUGCUGCUCAACAUCUCCUUCGCUGGUGGACCAGAGAGGGACAUCCAGUCUCCAGUUUGCCGUGCCACGUAGGAGAAGGACACUCAAAGAGUCAAAUGUAAAUAAUUGAAAUGACUAUUUAUUUGCCCAUUAUGUUGCGACAUUCGAAUAACAAUACUGUAGAAACGUGUGGCUUAUCGUGAUACUUAAAAUUAUAGCUUUUGUAACUGUUUUGCUUAAAUGUAAUGAUCGGUCCUAGUUUUCACUUUGUGGAGUGUUCGUAAAAAAUAUUGUAAAUCAACUAUUGUGUUAAGGCAAAUUAAAAAUUUCUUCAAGCUAUAAUUUAAAUAAAAAUAAUAAACAAUACUCACAUUUAACCUUUCAUAAUAAUUCGGGAAAUGUUAUUCUUUUUUUUUUCAUACACUUUCAACUGGCUCACGAAUAUCUGAGAAAUUCUCAUUUACUGUUAAAGUAGGCUAAAUCGUCUGAAUCUUAUCUUAUUUAAAUUAACCACGAAAAAUAUCCCUAUUUAAAUUUAAUUGACUGUAUUUUUAUUGGUACCUACUUUUUCUUAAGCUUACAUUUAUAUAAAUAUAACUUGAUAGAAACACAGAUAACGUCCCGAAAAGUUAACAAAUAUAAAUGGACAAAAAAGAUAUUAGUGACCUAUUAUUAUCCAUCCAUCGCCAUUUUAAUUUCAACGCUUCUGUAGUAUUGUUAUUAGUAAAAAUUGGACGCAGCAUUAGCUAUACAAAUAGCCUGCAAAUUUAUUAUAAAUGUAAAGAAUAUAUUAUUCGUUGUUAUCCUUACUAUUUGUCAGUGUUCAUUCCUAAGUUUAUGGUUUUGCUUCACGAAAUAAAUAGAAACGUUAAAAUUUUAUUUUCUUAACGAAAGGAGGAGUUUGAUUAGUGAUACCUUAGGUUUAAAUUUCGGUAAUACACACGGAUGAUUGUUCUUUGGCUGAAAUCAAUAAAACAGGGUUGGCAACACAUCUUUCUAUAUCUCGACAAUUCUCUUAUUUUAUUCCUAAAUUCUCUUCUAAACCUUAUAUAUUAAUACUUAUCUAAAAUAUGCUGCUAAAUGUAAAAGAGCUCUGAUUCUAUAGCAGUGUUAGGAGUUCUAAGUAAAAGUAAUUUGAUAUGUAUUUCGUAACUAAUAAGGUUUAUAUUUCCGUGUUCAACACUUAAACUUGGCAGGUGAGAAUGUUAAACGAAAUACGAAACGAUGACACGUUGCGUUUGAUUGUGAUUGGUCAAAUUGUAUCGCGCGUGAUUGGACAACAGCUGUUAACCAAUCACUGUCAUUUAUUUAAAAUAUAGACGUUGAUUGAUUGUUUACUGGCGCUAUUUUGUAAUCGAAUCAAAUGAAACAAGUCUUCUGAUUUCGUUCCUUCACUUAUCACAAAACUCAUUUAGUAGAGUCGGCCUUCAGGAAAUUUUUAAUGACGCCGAUUUCUGUAUCUAUUUAUUGUGUAAUUAUUCAGGGCUUAAAUGUGUAUUGAGUUUAGACUGAUAUCUUGGGUGUUGCCAAGACCGUGCGGUACCUACUUUUAAGAGCAAAAUUUUUUUGAAAACCAUAUUAAUUUGUUUUUAAGCACUUUAACACAAUACCUACGUACCUAGACGUGGGUAUAUGUAUUUAACAAGUAUUGAACAUAAUGAAACUUUCUAAUAGCUCAUAGUAUACAUUAUUGUAUCGAAAACUUUGAAACGUCUUAAGUAUACUUUUGUAUCAUUUUCUUACAUUAUUUAAUGAAACAGAUUGUGUCAAUAAUUAAUAUACUAUUUAUUUACAUUAAAGGAUGCAGGAGAUUUUUGUUCAUAUUGGUUAUUUUUAGGCAAAGAUUUGGAUUAAAAAAAACAUGUUUCAAAAAUAUAACAUUUACCUACGAGUUAUUGUAUACAUAACAGGGUGUGUAUUAUAUACUAAGGAUAUAGUAAACGAUUCAAUGUUUUCGAUAUUUUAAAUUAAAGAUAGACCUUUGGUGAGAGACUUGUUCUCUGCGUACUAGUUGUGUAGUGCGUAACAGUUCAACAUUUUUUUAUAUAAAAACUGUCUUUGUUCUCUAGAAUGUUAUUCAAGAUGUACUUGUACCCGCACUAUUGGAAAAUAUAUAGACCAGUUUGACUGUGUGACUAUUAAUUCGUUUAAGUCAGAUAUAUUGUGAAAUUGUCGCAGAGAGGAUGGGAGACUCGAAAAUUUUACAUUGUAAAACUGCUGACAGCUAUGUUGUAUUGAACCAUCGUUGACAAAGUUAUAAUUUAACCAUCUUCCUUGAAGUUUCAAAGGUAUCGCAAUGUAGUAUGCGUAUAAGGAUAAAACUAUAUUAAAAGGGCUGUGUAAAUUAAAACACGUGAUUAAGUUUAUUUCAUUACACGAAUAUGUAACUGGGAACCUGGAAAUUUACUUCCUGUAGUUAUUGUUUUUAAAAUCAAUAUUAUUUUGGUAUUGAAGGCUAUGUGAUAUCUUUAAUGAUACUUUGUUUAUUAACCACGAUAAUGUAGUGAUUAAAGAAUUUUCGUAUUUA